AUGUCAAUUGAUCAAUUAUCUGUUGCUACUAUUAGAACCUUAGCCGUUGAUAUGGUUAAUGCUGGAAAUUCCGGUCAUCCAGGUGCUCCAUUAGGUUUAGCUCCAUUAGCUCAUGUCGUUUUCUCCAAAAUGAAAUUCAACCCAAAGAAUCCUCAAUGGAUCAACAGAGAUAGAUUCGUUUUAUCAAAUGGUCACGCUUGUGCUUUAUUAUAUUCCAUGUUAUACUUAUAUGGUUAUGAUUACACUUUAGAUGAUGUCAAAUCAUUCAGAUCAUUAAAUUCUAAAACUCCUGGUCACCCAGAAAGAGGUCACUGUCCUGGUGUUGAAGUUACUACUGGUCCUUUAGGUCAAGGUAUCUGUAAUGCUGUUGGUUUAGCCAUUGCUCAAAAACAAUUUGCUGCUACUUACAACAAACCAGAUUUCACUUUAUCUGAUAACUACACUUACUGUUUCCUCGGUGAUGGUUGUUUAAUGGAAGGUGUCUCCGGUGAAGCUUCAUCUUUAGCUGGUCACUUAAAAUUAAACAAUUUAAUUGCUUUCUGGGAUGAUAACAAAAUCUCAAUUGAUGGUUCUACUGAAGUCGCUUUCACUGAAGAUGUUGUUGGUAGAUAUAAAGCUUACGGUUGGAACAUCUUAGAAGUUGAAGAUGGUAACACUGACCUAGAAGCUAUGGCUAAAGCCAUUGAAGAAGCUAAAAAAUCAACCGAUGCUCCAACUUUAGUUAGAGUUAAAACCACCAUUGGUUACGGUUCUUUAGCUGCUGGUUCUCACUCAGUUCAUGGUGCUCCAUUAAAAGCUGAUGAUAUCAAACAAUUAAAAUCUCAAUUCGGUUUUGAUCCAGAAAAAUUCUUCAACGUCCCUCAAGAAGUUUUAGAUUAUUAUCAAUCAAAAGUCGCUGAAAGUGUUAAAAUUGAAAACAAAUGGAACGAAACUUUCGAAGCUUACAAAAAACAAUAUCCAGAAUUAGGUUCUGAAUUAGAAAGAAGAUUAAAUGGUGAAUUACCUCAAGGUUGGGAAAAAGCUUUACCAUCUUUCACUCCUUCUGAUAAAGCUGUUGCUACUAGAAAAUUAUCUGAAGGUGUUUUAGAUGCUUUAUACCCAGUCUUACCUGAAUUAGUUGGUGGUUCCGCUGAUUUAACUCCAUCUAAUUUAACCAAAGCUACUGGUUCAGUUGAUUUCCAACCUCCAUCAACCAAAUUAGGUGAUUACACUGGUAGAUAUAUCAGAUACGGUGUUAGAGAACACGGUAUGGGUGCCAUCAUGAAUGGUAUUGAUGCUUUCGGUGGUAACUUCAAAGCUUACGGUGGUACUUUCUUAAAUUUCGUCUCAUACGCUGUUGGUGCCGUUAGAUUAUCAGCUUUAUCUCAACACCCAGUUAUUUGGGUCGCUACUCACGAUUCUAUUGGUUUAGGUGAAGAUGGUCCAACCCAUCAACCUGUUGAAACUGUUGCUCACUUAAGAGCUAUUCCAAACUUAUCUGUUUGGAGACCAGCUGAUGGUAAUGAAGUUUCAGCUGCUUAUAAAUCAGCUAUUGAAUCUACUUCAACUCCUCAUGUUUUAGCUUUAUCAAGACAAAACUUACCUCAAUUAGAAGGUUCAUCAAUCGAAAAAGCUUCUAAAGGUGGUUACGCUUUAGUUGAAGUUGAAAACCCAGAUUUAAUUAUCGCUGCUACUGGUUCAGAAGUUGAAUUAGCUGUUAACUCUGCUAAAGCUUUAGGUGAAUCAGGUAAAAAAGUCGGUGUUGUUUCUAUUCCAGAUUUCUUCACUUUUGAAAAACAAUCUGAUGAAUAUAAAUUAUCCGUCUUACCAAACGGUGUUCCAAUCUUAUCAGUUGAAGUCUUAUCACCAUUCGGUUGGUCAGCUUACUCCCACGAACAAUUUGGUUUAUCCAGAUUUGGUGCUUCAGGUAAAGCUACUGAUGUUUAUAAAUACUUAAACUUCACUGUCGAUGGUGUUGUUGAAAGAGCCAACAAAACCAUUGAUUUCUACAAAGGUAAAGAAGUUAUUUCUCCUUUAAACAGAGCUUUUUAA